CGUGAUGACGUAGGUUUGGAGUUGCAGGCAUGGGACGUCUAUUGGGCUUCUGCACGUCCAGGAACAUCUGCAAUAUUGUGAAGUUUAUUGAACCCAGUGUUACCUUGACAGUCGGCAUUACUCCGUUAUUUACCUCGUUUGUCUGCAGGAAAUUUACGGACAGCGGCUCCAACAUGGAUCUGAGUAACAUGAGAAAGAGCUAUAAGAACGAUGAGGAGUGUUUUGAGGAGGAUCAUCUUGCUUCUUUAGAUCCUAUUAAGCAAUUCGGCAGCUGGUUUGAUCAAGCCUGUAAAUGCCCUGAGGUGGGAGAAGCCAAUGCCAUGUGUCUCGCAACAGCCACCAAGGAUGGUCGCCCCUCUGCACGCAUAGUUCUUCUAAAAGGCUACAGUGAGGAGGGAUUUCGCUUCUUUACCAACUAUGAGAGUCGGAAAGGUGAAGAGCUGGAAAGCAAUCCCCACGCCUGUCUUGUAUUAUACUGGGCACCAUUAAACAGACAAAUUCGCAUUGAGGGCACUGUAGAACGAACCUCGUAUGAGAUUUCACGUGAUUAUUUCCACUCAAGACCCAAGGGCAGUCAGAUUGGUGCUGUGGUCAGCAGGCAGAGCAAAGUAAUACCAAGCAGACAAUAUCUUCGAGACAAGAAUGCAGAGCUUGAGGAAAAGUAUAAGGACACAACUGUACCAAUGCCAGAUUACUGGGGUGGAUACAUUGUAAAACCCCACCUAAUUGAGUUCUGGCAAGGUCAGACCAAUAGGUUACAUGACCGAAUAGUCUUUUCACGGCCAAAAGAGGGAGAGACUGAACUGAGGGAUAUGCAGCAUCAAGCUGAGGGAGGCUGGAUAUACCAACGCUUAUCCCCCUAAUAGAGAGCAUGCUGUGAAAUCAACAUCAUCGUCUGUGACAUCAAUACAUCAUCAUUACUUGCCAGUGACUGUCACUAAUAAUGCUGCCAGGGCAUCAACUGACAUUUAUAUGUUGAUAACUGUAAACAUGAUUUUAUUAAUAUAAAUGAUGUUGCAUUACAAAAUGGUGCUUCGUUGCAGCAUUUUUAAGCUUUCGAAACUGACCUUAACACAUUUUAAUCUAUUACUUGUAAGUGUAAAGUCUGCCUGAUGUUUAUUAAUAAUUGCAAAGCAUAGCUGCACUUGCAGCCUUAAUUGUAGUUUCAGUGAACAUAGACUUUGGACUUGUGUCACAACAAAAAACGCCCAACAUGUUGCUCUGUUUGUGUUAUGCACAUCUUUAAAUGUGUUCAUAUGAUAUACAACAAAUAUUCACAAUCAGAUUGUGUGUUAUAAAUGUGCCAAACUUAAUGUUGACCUAAAAUAACUGUAAUUCCCUAAUGAAUAGUGAUUUUUCUGUAAAUGUAAAGUAGUACAUCUUUAGUUUUUC